AUGAGUAGCCGACUCAGCCACCGAUCUCCACACAGCCUCAACGAGCUCCGCACAGCCUCAGCCAGUGGAGACAUUUCCAGUCCCCAGCACGGUCAGCGCUGCGCGGCCGCGGUGAGGACAACAACCAUCAGUGCCACGAGCAGAAGUCGUCAAGCUGUACACCUGGGAUGUGGUCGCAGACUGCAGUUAAUAGAUGGUUUUAAUGCAGUUGAACAGGUCAGGGGCAGCUACACAGCCCUGGUGAACUCCGGCAGCAAUUGGGAACCAGCCGGAAUCCUUACUGCUGAUCUGAACACAGCUCUCAACACCAUCAUAGAGCAUCAGGAAGAGUGUGGCUGGCAUGAGAGGAAAUGGCUGAGAGAAAUGAUCAUUAAUUCAGCAACUUCACCCACAGCAACCAUGACUUUGAUCAGCGUCUUCAUCUGCACACUGGCCCUCUGGACUCAAGGAUCCAGAGGUCAGGUGACUGUGACUCAGACUCCUUCAGUGCAAACUGUUGCUCCAGGAAACACAGUCACCAUCAACUGUAGAACCAGUAGCAGAGUGUAUGGUGGUAGCAAUCUCGCCUGGUACCUGCAGAAACCUGGAGAAGCUCCUAAACUCCUGAUCUACUUGGCUACUAGAUUACAGUCAGGGACUCCAGCUCGUUUCAGCGGCAGUGGAUCGAAUACUGACUUCACUCUGACCAUCAGUGGAGUCCAGACUGAAGAUGCAGGAGAUUACUACUGUCAGAGUUAUCAUGAGAUCAGUAGUAGCUACGUGUUCACACAGUGUUAG